AGCCGGAGCUAACGUUACUGUGAUACGUCUAGUUACACAAAUAACAACCAUGGUGAUAAAAUAGUGUUUAAUUAACAGGGAAAACUGGAAAAAAUAUAGCAGCACUACUGGGUUACUACCACUAACACCACUAGUAUCACUACUACUAUAUUAAUUACUACAACUACUAGCUAGAAGAAACUAAUCCACUACAACUGCCAGGAUCCUCACAUAAAUGCUAAGUAACGGUGUCAUUUGCAAAUUUUGCAGGAAUGAAGUUGAGCCACUCCCCUCACCUAACAGCCAGAUCUGUAGAGAGACGAGCAAGACGGAGGGAAAUGGACAUCUGAUCUUGAUCUAUCCAAAAAUGGACAGGAAGCACGAAGGAGGAGGAGGAGCAGGUCCAGACUAGGACUUGUGACUUGCAUGCAUAGUGCGACACCUAAGACUAAAACGCUGCCUGGCUCAAAGGGAGUGGAUGUGUGGCUUAUUUGUUGUGCACAGAAGGUUCAGACAUAAUCAACUGAGGGGUAAUUGUAUGCUUGUGUGUAUGUAUGUGUGCAAGUGAAUGUGUGUGUGUAGGUUUUUGACAGCAGUAUAAACCCACUGUAACAGAGUGCUGUGCCUUUCCCUCCCACAAGAUCUUACUUAAAACCUCACAAGCCAACUGAUCAUAUGAUGUUGCCUGAAAGAGCCUGAAGGGCGAUAUGUGAGUGGCGCCAUUGGAUCAUGUUGAUGUCAUGCUUCAGGAUCUCACAUUUGCGUGGCCUUACGAGAUGAUCCCCCUUCAUACAGCAAAGGAGGACAUUUUGUAGCCUGGCAACAUUUACAGCAACAGCAUCUUUUCACCCACAAACACCGUGACAGCUGAACUGUGAGGGAGACGCUCAUGGAGGAAGAAAAUUUGUGCUCCUCUCUGCCAUUUAUUACAGAUUCAGUCCUUCAGCAGCCUCAACAAGACUCAUGCACCGCUGCAGAACACUCAUACAUCAAUGGAGAACAGGAAGCUGUAGUGUGGGGCGAGACAGAGGUGCAGAUAAAUGAGAAAUACGGGGCAGAACAGCUUCAUCUCUCCCCACACGGAGGACGAGAGAGUCCUGAGGAGGCUGAACAGUGGGAGCAAAUAAUAUGGCCGGUGCGCCCCAUGACCUCUACCACUGCUCCACUUUCCUUUGCUACAGUGCUAUGGGACAUGCCCGGCACCGCCUUAGAGACGCCCACUCUCAUAACUGACAGCAGCUCGGCCAAUGAGCAGGACUCUGGUGAUGUGAUGAGUCUAGAUACCACUUCCCCGUCACUUCAGCAAUCCCAAGACAUUAAUGCUGAGCUUUUCACUCAAGAGGAGCGAGAGGAGCAGGAUGGGAUUGAAUCGUGGCUUCUUCUGAACUCAGAUUUAGAGUUCACUGGAAACGGCUCUGAGCCAUGUGAUGCUGUAGAUGUGCAAGAGGCAGCGACACAGGAAAAGGAAGAGCCAACAACGCACGAGCUGGUAGACGAUAAUAAGGAGAUCCCUCUAACUACGGAUUCAGAAGAAGAGGAGGGACACCCAGCUGCAUCAGAUGCUAUUGAAACUGUGGACUUUUUUGAUAUUCUUGAGGAUAUUGAAGACUCGGAGGAUGGGGCGGACAGUAUUAUAGAUCUAAGGCCAGAAGAGGAACGGGAGGAGUCAGAUGUUCUGCUGACUGGACAGACAGACUCAGAGGAAGAGAAAACUUCAGUAAAGGGUGUUGAGACUGAAGAACAGGACGAGGAGGGAGUCGAGGUAGAAGAGGAGGAGAGUGUAACAAACGUGUCCUGUAAUGAAGAAGGUGGAGAGGAGAACACUGUUAGCUGUCUGAGUGAUGUGGAGGCUCCUGUAGAGCCACAACAAACUGACAAUACUGGACUAAGCAUAAACCCAGAUAAUUUCAUUAAUUUGCAGUCAGAUACAGAACAAUUAGAUAUUUCCGAGGAAAGUCCACAUUCUGGGAUUGAGGAGAAGGACAUAGAGAUACUAGAAGAGUCACAUGAAGAUCCCGCAGGUCAGACUGAGGAGCAAGAAAUGUGCGAAGAUGUAGAUGAGGAGGUGGACACUGAACAGUCGGAGGCUGCUCAACAACAGGACGACAACGAAGAACCAUCGAUACAGGAGGCAGAUGAUGCAGAGAAGAUAGAGAACUCUGAAGAAAUACUAGAGCUGACUGAGAAACAGGAGCACACAGGUUGUCCAGAGCAACAAGACUGCGACCAAACAACUCCACAGGACGUAGAGUCUCCAGCGGAUCCUGAGCGCUCAGAGUCGGAGCAGCUUGGGACGAUAAAAGAGAGUGAGCAGAUCAAACCAGAGGAGCAGCACUGUGAAGAGUCUGACCUGCCACAACAUCUGGAAGAGUCAUCGCAAAUGGAGUCAACAGAACAGUCAGCCCAACCUGAAGGUGCAGACGAGCGAGAGGACUCUACUCAUUUAGAGCAGACAGUUUGUGAUGAAUCAAAAGCACCUGAAGUAGCAGAGCAGCAAGAACAGAUGGAGCUAUCGGAUCAGAAUGAGCGGUCGCUGCAAACGACCGACUUGUCUCAGCCAGCGCUCUCGGAGCAGUUUGUAGAGACAGAGAAGACGGAUGACUCAGAAGUAACAGAACAGCUGUCUCGUAAGAGUGAAGUUGCACAGCAGACAGCAGAGGCACAGUUAGAUCAGGAGAUGUCUCAUCAGACCGAAGAAGUAGGAGGAACAGUUGUGGCAAACGGGGAACAACCCAAACCCACAGAGACAGUGGUGCCGCAUAUGAAUGGAGGUGAUGUGGAAAGAAGCAUGGCCUGCUGCCUCGCUGAGCGGCUCCACAAGCUGGACGGGAUCCAGCGUGUAGAUGUGGUGAAGCACAUAGACAAAGAUAAUGACUUCAGCCGUGCUGUCGGGGAGGAAUACCUCAAAUUCUUUGACUUCACUGGGGAAACUCUGGAUCAUGCCCUGAGGUCUUUUCUGAAAGUGGUUGUACUGAUAGGAGAGACGCAGGAGAGAGAACGAGUCCUGCAGCAUUUCUCCUGCCGAUUCCACCACUGCAACCCGGACACCUUUUGCUCUUCGGAGGCUGUGUUGGCUCUUACAUGUGCUUUGAUGCUGCUCAACACUGACUUGCAUGGACAGAAUGUAGGAAAGUGUAUGUCUGCCUCUAAAUUUGUGUCCAACCUAGAUGGGAUGAAUGAAGGAGAAAACUUCAUCAAAGACCUCCUGAAAAGCCUUUACAAUGCCAUUAAGAGUGAACCACUGGAAUGGGCCGUUAAUGAGGAGGAGUUGAACUCUGUGUUUUCGGAGGACAACACAGGAGAGGACGCAACGCUGCGGUCAAAGAGUAACCCCUUCCAGGAUGUUCCACACGAUAAGAAGGCCUCGCUGGUCAAACAGGGAUUACUGCAGAGAAAGCUCCACGCUGAUAUCGAUGGCAAACGCACUCCGUGGGGAAAAAGAGGCUGGAAGACUUUCUGUGGAGUGCUGAAGGGAAUGGUCCUCUACUUACAGAAGGAUGAUUAUAGGAAGGAGCAGCAGACUAACGAGGAGGUGGUGAGUGUGCACCACUCGCUGGCGGAGCCGGCAGCCGAGUACACCAAGAAGCCGCACGUCUUCCGUCUGCAGACUGCUGACUGGAGGGUUUUCCUCUUUCAGGCCCAAUCCAAAGUGGAGAUGAAUUCAUGGAUAAGCCGCAUCAACCUGGUUUCGGCUCUUCACUCCUCGCCUCCGUUCCCUGCAGCUGUCGGCUCCCAGAGGAGGUUCUUUAGACCGAUCCUGCCCGCCUCGCAGUCUGCUCAAACUCUGGAGCGUCAGCUGCAGUCUCAUGAAGGAAUGCUGGAGUCCUUCAAAGCGGACUUGUCGUACCUGCAGGACAACCCACCAGAGGGCAAGAAAGCAAAAGCCAAGGAGCAUGAGGAGCGUCGCGUCAGAGCAGAGUACCUGCAACACGAGAUGUGUCGAUAUAAGAUAUACAUCCAGAUGCUGCAGGUCUGGAAGAACUUGAAGACAGAGGACGGCCCGUUGAGCACCACGGACCUGAACCAGUUCGAUAAAGCAGUGUGCCCAGACUCUGUGGGCGAGGGUGACGAGGAGGAGGAAGGUGGGCUGAAAAGGGCCUACUCCAGUCCUUCUUUGGAGGUGGAGAUGGCUCCUCCAAGUGUGAUCAAAGUCAGACGCAAUAUCUCUGAAAGACGGACUUAUCGCAAGACCAUCAUUCCCCGAUUCAACAAAGAGGCCUGAAAGGAGAUUAUCUGACUGGUUUUAUGGUACUUUGAAAAUGCUGAUUUAAUAAAUAUUUUAUAUUUGAGCAGAAAGGACUUUUAGUUUUUAAAACCUGAAAUGAUUUGUGGAAACAGAGAAAGUUAAAUCUGCCUCAGCAAGUUCUUCUUUGUCUCGGUUUUUCAGCAUUUUUAUCUUCAGCACUUUUAGGAAAAUACAGCUCAGGGAAUCCCGAACCUUCAAACUCUCUGAGGAGAGGGGAAAACCUGACUCAUCGGUUUAAUGACUCAAACUAUCUGGACCUAAUUUAUUUACUUUUGUUACAACUCUGGUCUGGUGGUUUCAUUUGUAUAUUUUGCAAAAAUGUGCCUUUUAAGAUGUAAACCACAAGAGGGUGCUGUGGUACAGGACAUCUGUGAGUGAAUGUAGGAGAAAGGAAGUGCUGUCAAGUAGUUUUUGUGUUUUUAAAGAUAUUUUAUGUGCUGUUUGCACUUUUGAUGUUUUAGGUAUCGAUGUAUAAAAUGUUAUGUAAUGUUAUUUUGUUUAUAUGAAGGUUUUUUUCCUCAAUGUUGUGUAUUUUUUCUCUUUGGGAAAAAAGUUAGCUAUUCAGUCCUGGAAUAACUGGUGAUGGACGUUAACACUUGUUUUCUCAGGGCCUGUAUUUCAAUUAUUGUCUUUAAGUACUUCAUUUGACCUCAUUUGAGGAAGAUUGCAGGUUUUAUGAGCUACAUUGUCAAAAUAUCUGCCAGAAUAAGACUUGCACUGUAAAAAUUGUAGACAUGUAAUGAAAGCUGUGUAGUUUUUCAACAAAGUCAGUAUUAAAAUGUUCCUGGUAACAUCUUCAGCAACAUCUUCUUUUUUUCAAAAACUUUUAUACAUUAAAUUUGAUU